GCGCGGGCCCCUCACGCCGCCGCCGCCGCCCCCCCCACCCCUGAGCUCCGGCGCCCCCGGGCGGGGCGGGGCGGGCGGCGCCGCUUCCUCUGCCGGGCACCCCCCCCUCCCGUCCGCGGGGAACGAGGCAGCGCCGCCGGCCCAGCAUGGACAGCAAGCCGCUGCUGCAGGAGCGGCCGCCCGCCUACAGCCCCGCCGCGCCGCCGGGCGCGCCGGGAUACGACUACGGGCACGGCAACUACGGCGCCAUCCCAGCCCCGCAGCCCGGCUUCCAGCCGCCCCCGCCGUACCCCUACCCGGGCGCCGCGCCCGCCGCAGGGUAUACUGUUCCUCCACCGACAUCACAGCCCAACUAUUCGAGCACGUACACCAUUAUUCAACAGCCUGCUACCACCACUUCUGUGGUAGUAGUUGGUGGCUGUCCUGCCUGCAGGGUUGGCGUGUUGGAGGACACCUUCACCUGUCUUGGUGUUUUGUGUGCCAUUGUAUUCUUUCCAAUUGGGAUUCUGUUCUGCCUUGCACUGAGGCAGAGAAGAUGCCCUAAUUGUGGGGCAGCUUUUGGCUGAGGGGAUGAACGUGGCCGGGCUUACGGAAGCUACAACUGUUAGCGUACUCUUUCUAAUGUAAAUGUCAUGUACAAUCAUGUUAUUUGCUUCAGACCUGUUUUGUAAAGUGUGAAGAAAUUUAGUCUCUUGCAUGUAAUUUAAACUUAAUCUUUUAUGAGCAUGUGCAUUGCAAAACAUGAAAACCUGACUUGUUUUCCAUGUUUAGUGGCACCUGUUGAAAACUAAAUAAAACUGCUUUUCCUUUUGCAAUCCUCAA